UGCGCAGUGCUAUCCAGGCAGGAGCUCGCGGUAGUGACAGUUGCGCCGUUGUGCUUUGACGCUUUGGGUGGGAGAGACCGGAAAAACUCGCUCGCUAAGCAUCAAACACAAGAGAGAUGGCAGCGAUCCGUAAGAAGCUGGUGAUUGUUGGAGAUGGCGCAUGCGGCAAGACGUGCCUCCUGAUCGUCUUCAGUAAGGACCAGUUCCCCGAGGUGUACGUCCCCACUGUCUUCGAAAACUACGUGGCUGACAUUGAGGUGGACAGCAAACAGGUGGAACUGGCGCUGUGGGAUACAGCAGGACAAGAAGAUUACGAUCGUCUCCGUCCUCUGUCCUACCCCGACACUGACGUCAUCCUCAUGUGUUUCUCCAUUGACAGUCCUGACAGUCUUGAGAACAUUCCGGAAAAAUGGACUCCUGAGGUGAAACAUUUCUGCCCCAACGUCCCCAUCAUCCUGGUGGGCAACAAGAAGGACCUGCGCAACGACGAACACACUCGCCGUGAGCUCGCCAAGAUGAAGCAGGAGCCAGUGAAAGCAGAGGAGGGCCGUGACAUGGCGAAUCGGAUCUACGCCUUUGGCUACAUGGAGUGUUCAGCCAAGACGAAGGACGGCGUGCGGGAGGUGUUCGAGAUGGCCACCAGGGCGGCACUGCAGGCCAGGAAAGGCAAGAAGGGCACCAAAUGCCUCCUACUGUAAAACAAACGGGACUCGAUGCUCAUUAUACAGGACGGGAGGGGCUGAACAUAAGUAAUGCCCUCUUCCCCACCCCCAAUCAGCCUGCCUGAAAUGACUGUGCUCAACCGCUAAAUCACGUGGUGUGUUUUUUUUUUUCUUCUUUGAGUCUUUUAAUUGAAACCAAUAAUGGCUAGUUAUGGAAGUUUUUGUCAGUAUUUAAAGAGGCAGAUCAGGAGAAAUGUUGUUCUAUUGUACUUUUACAGACACGCACGUCAUGAUUAAAUUUGCCAUAUAAACUCGUGCCGAGCCAACGGUAAAAGGAGAAACGUUGGAGUCGUGUAUUUGCUAAAUGAUAUGCUCGUAUCAGUGAUGUUUCACUGUGACCGAUGGCCCAUGCAGUUAUUUCAAUUUAUAAAUAUGCAAUGAAGAUGGGGAAAAAAAAAAAAAGAUCAGGACCAAUGUGCAAUACAGAAAAGACAACACAGGCUCUGUUUUUUUUCUGGAAUGCAUACACUUGGACAAGACUUGAAACUUUUUUUUUUAAUUUUACUUUCUUUCGAAACAAACAGGAACCAAAUUUGGUAUUUGUGUAUUAAAGAAACUUUUUAGGAA